AUGGUGGCCCUCGUUCCUCUCCGUCUCCUCUAUCGCAACUCUGAGCUAGCCGCUACCAUCUUCAUCCUCAAUGUCAUUCUCAAGAACAUCGACACCGUUGUUCUGGCGCUCAUAUGGCGGAACGAUGACAUGGAGUCCUGGUGGAAGGGCUACGGACUUUGCGAUGUCACGCCCUACUUUCACAACUUCAGCAUCGCCCUCUACGCAACAUGCCUCCUAGCCAUCAUGCGCAAUCUGGCUCACCAGGUUGGACUUUUGACUGCUCAUCCUCUGACGGUCAAGGAGAAGAGGAAACGAAACAUGAUCCAGGCACUCAUCAUGUUCCCCCUGCCCGUUGUCCAGCUAGCAUUGACUUGGCCCCUUACACGCAAUCGCUAUGCUGUCGGUGCAAUUGUCGGGUGCUCGUGGUCUGCGGAUCCAAGUUGGCCCUAUCUGGUCUUCUUUGUCAUCGCGCCGACGAUUGUGUCGACAAUCACAGUCUUCUAUGCCAUCUUGAUCUACUGGCGUUUCCGUCAAGUCAGCACCAGCAACGCAUCCAUCCUUUCUUCCAACCGGCUGGCCACGCAGCGCGCCAACCGGACCCGUCGCCGUCUCUACCUCAUGGUCAUCUCCGUCCUCAUCCCGGUGUACCCCAUGAUGCUGCUCAUCUUCGUCCUCAACAUCCUCGACAUGGGCCCGGCCACCGGCUACUCCUACGAGCGCAUCCACGCCGGACUGCCCGGUCUGCCCUGGAACAGCAUCAUGCUCCUCCCGAGCUCCUCACUCAACUUUGCUGUCAUGAACGUCAGCUGGCUCACCAUAAUCUCGUGCGGGCCCAUCUUCAUGUUCUUUGGCUGCACAAAGGAUGCCAUCAACGAUUACCGCAUCGUCCUACUCAAGCUGGGCUUGGGCAAGAUCUGGCCAAAGUUGAACCAGGAAUACGCCCCUGACAGACCAGCAGGCUGGUCUCAGGGCUCGUGCAGUCAGGGGACGUCGCGCACCGGAUCUACCAAUCCCAAGGCCGGGACAAGUGUAUCAUCUCACCCCUUGAGUACAUUCUCCUCCUCUUCAAGGGACACGGAGCAACCACACGCCCAGAGUCUCAACUUCCUCACGUCCACCACUCUUGAGGCAGGCCCCGCCGAGCCCAGCGCUCGUCAGCAGGACGAAGAGCCGACAAGCCGCGAACCUGUGUACGACCACAUUCUGCAUCGCAAUCCCUUCCUGAUGCGCACCAACCUCUCCCUACCGCCACUGUCGUUCCUUCAACGCUCCAAGAAGAGGGUGCAGUCGCCACAAGAUCCGACGUCAUCCAACGGUAUCUACACAAGUAUAUGGUCAUCCGAUGAUGAGUCCCGCGGCCCCGAUACAGAUGACAACAAUGAUGGGACCCAGGAUACGCGGGGCGUGCAGUCCACGCCAUAA